AUGGGUGGAUGCUUGUCGUCAGCCAUCAGGAGUAGUCAUAAUGAAGAGCUUCUGCUCAAUUCGCCCACCGCCAAAGUUAUCUCCAUCAAUGGAAGUCUCCGCGAAUACCCAGUUCCCGUGAUUGUCUCCCAAGUCCUCGAGGCUGGCCAAACGGCAUCCUCUUCGUCUUCGUCCUCAUCUUCGUCGUCGUUUAUAUGCAAUUCAGACCGUUUGUAUUACGACAACUACAUCCCGGUUUUGGAUUCGGAAGAUGAACUUGAGGCUGAUCAGAUCUACUUCAUACUCCCGAGAUCGAAGCUCGAACAACGCCUCAGCGCCACCGAUAUGGCGGCCUUGGCUGUGAGAGCCAGCCUCGCCUUCCAAAAUGCCUCUUCCUCUUCUUCUAGUUACAAGAGCAAGGAGAAGAAAAAGGACCUUCAUCCUCGCCGUAAUUACAAGAAGGCCCGCGUUUCUCCCGUUCUGAUUAAUUAUGCAAACUCCGACGUGGACGGAGAUGACUUCAAUGAAAUUACCAUCGGAGCCUCGGCCUACAAAGGGCAGAUGAGCCAGAAGCAGCAGAUUUCGAGAUCUAAGUCGGUUAGGAAAUUGCAGAGAUACACAUCCAAAAGGGCCAAGAUGGCCGUUCGAUCUUUCAGACUCAGAUUGACGACCAUAGACGAAGGCUCCGUCCUCUGA